AUGGAGCCCUGGGAGGUUAAAAACAGUGAUGGAGAAGGACCUUAUGCAGUUAGAACCCUACUGGGAUGGGUCGUGAAUGGACCAUUACAAGGAAGCAAGGACAAUGGGAACACAAUUGAAUGUCCGGAUGUUACUGUUAAUAGAUACGCAGACAAGCUGGAGGAGCUGAAACAGGAGCUCCAACAAAAAGGAAGCCACAACAGGCUGCAGGAGGAGGAGCUUAUCAGUGCGAUGAGAGAGCAGGUUCUGCGUCUCACCCAGAAGGAGCAGGUGCUGGAGGAGCGUUUGGAGAGUGUGUGUCAAGAAAACACCGAGCUGAGGGCCAGUUUGGCCUCUUUGCACACACGCCUGGCUCUACAAGACCAACUCAACCAGCAGCACAGCCAGCAGCUAGCUGGGGCGAUGCAAGAGGCGGAGGCUGCACAGGGUCGCUCACGGCAGCUGCAGACCCAGGUGGAGGAGCUUCAGGAGGAGGUGUCCCUGCAGGAAGGCAGGAGCCACGGAGACGCACCCCUGCUGUCCGAGCUGGAGAGCAGCAUGGAGACGACGAGCCUCGGGGUCAGCAAAGAAGAGAUUACACAAGAAAUGUGGUCCAGUCUUCAGUUGCUGCUCCCACUGACACCGAAACUGAACAACUCGGGGAGGUCAGAGGUCGUGGAUCAAAAGGAAGACCUGCACACAAUACUGCGUCAGUUGAAGGGAGUGGCCCAGACUCUGGCACUGACGUGGGGCUCUCAGGAGCUGAAUCGAGCUUUUGUCGACAGGACGGGCGAUCAGUGUGGGAAUCCGAGUGCAGCGCAUGAGCUGAGAGAUCAGAACGUCCAUCUGCAGCAGGAAAACGCUGAGUUGAAACGUAAGCUGCAGGACGUGGAGGAGGAGGCCGACGUCGUCCAACACACCAUCAGAGAUCGAGAUGAAGCCAUAGCCAAGAAAACCCUGAUGGAGGCAGAGUUGGUGAGAAGUAAAAGUGACAUGAUAUCUCUCAACAACCAGUUAGAAGCCAUCCAACGUAAGCUGGAGUUGUCACAGGAACUGGAAGCCUGGCAGGACGAUAUCCAGAUCGUUAUCAACCAGCAGCUCAGGUCCCAGCAGACGAUGGAGCAUCCUCAGAAGAAGUCCACCUCCAACGGCACGUCCUUCUUCCGCAGGGGGGGCAGAGCCGCCUCCACCUCCUCCACCUGGAGUUCAGACGUGGAUCCUGGUUGAUGGGACGAGUCUUGGAAGUUUUUCCUGAUAAAAAUGGACUUGUACGUUCUGUGCGAGU